UGUUUUGGAAUAUCGAAUAAACAAGGUUUGUUAAGAUAAUGUUCGAGUAUAAAAAGGAAAGAAGCAUGGUGAUAAUCCAGUUCGAAGAAAAUGGCAAGAGCAACAACAUACACAGUCAGCUGUUUCAUCCUCUCUGCAUUUGUGCUGAGCAGUCGAGGCCAGGCUGAGGCUCCAGUAUCCACAGUCUCCAGCAGCCAACCAGUGAGGCAAUGCACUGGAGCAGGCCAGAUCUGUGCCACUUGCGACACGGUGUCUGUCUGCAUCGCCAACGUAGACGGGAGCAUAACAUCGGUGAACCAGUCCUGCCACGCUGACGAGAACUGUGUCGACGGGCAAUGUGUCCAAGGAGCUCUCUGCAACUACAGGCCCUUCCAGUGUUCAGAAGAUGGCUUCUAUCCCGACCCUUAUGACUGCACGAAAUACCACGUCUGCGUUGGAGCUGUUGGACGGUUGAGCUUCCAGUGCCCGGAGGGUACAUCAUAUGAUGCCUUGUCAUCAAGCUGUGGAUAUCCCCUCAACACUACGGCCUGCAUUGAUAGACCAGUUCCAGACUGCUCUCAAAGGCUCCAGAUCGGUGCUGUACCAACCAACCCUAACCUAUACUACAUCUGUGUCGAACAUGACGGAACUUUGGCUCCAGAACUGUACCAGUGUCCUGGAGGUUACACCUUCAAUGCUGCUAAGCUUUCUUGCAAAGGUGCAGAAGAAACAUCUUCAGGCAAGAAGGACAAGAAGAAAUCGAAGAAGUCGAAGGAAUAAACUCCAAAGCUGAUUAAAAACAAUGCUCACUUAUAUAGAUUAGCCAUUUGAAUAAAACAUAUUUAUUUCGAUUCGAUAAAUUUUAUUAAUUUAACAUCUUCCACUGUGUAUAACGACUUACUAAUAUAUUACUGUACCUAUACUCGUUUCAUAUUCAAUAAUAAAUAUCUAUUU